UCAGUCCGGUUAUAGCGUACAACAAAACAAAGUUUACAUCGAACUGGUUCCCAGUUUUCCAGGUGUCGAUCAUCAAACACGUGUCUGCUGGAGCUAUGAAGACGAAGAAGCAACCGAACAUCCUGCUGACAGGGACUCCCGGAGUUGGAAAAACCACUCUAGGAAAGGAACUGGCCGAGCGCACGGGGCUGACCUAUGUCAACAUAGGAGACCUGGCCCAGGAAGGACAACUGUUUGAUGGAUAUGAUGACGAGUACCAGUGCCCCAUUCUGGAUGAGGACAGGGUGGUGGAUGAGCUGGAUGAAAAGAUGAGUGAAGGAGGCGUGAUCGUGGACUAUCACGGCUGUGACCUGUUCCCCGAGCGCUGGUUCGACAUCGUUUUUGUCCUGCGCACAGACAACACCCAGCUGUACACUCGACUGGAGGCCAGGGGCUACACGGGGAAAAAGCUGCAGGACAAUGUGCAAUGUGAGAUCUUCCAGACCAUCUAUGAGGAAGCCAUGGAGGCCUACAGUAAGGAGAUUGUCCACCAACUUCCCAGCAACACUCCUGAGGACAUGGAGCACAACCUGGAGCAGAUAGUGCAUUGGACUGAACAGUGGAUGAAGGACCAUAACUAGGAGGUGACCUCACUGGGUCAACAAGAGUCAACAAUUAAAACCUGAAUUGUAUCAUUUCUGAAUCUGUGUUUACUGUCAUAUUGAGCAAAAGUUUUGAAUUUGUUUGUAUUUUGUUUCCAAUGAACUGACUUUCUUGUAAUUGGUCUUGAGCAGGGGUGUCGAACUCCAGGCCUCGAGGGGCAGGGUCCUGCAGGUUUUAGAUAUCACCCUGGGUCAACACACCUGAAUCACAUGAUUAGUUUAUUAGCAGGUUUCUGGAGAACUACGAGACAUGUUGAGGAAGUAAUUUAGCAAUUUGAAUCAGCUGUGUUGGAUCAAGGACACAUCUAAAACCUGCAGGACACCGGCCCUCGAGGCCUGGAGUUCGACACAUGGUCUUGAGCAAUAGUUGGACAGACUUUCAAAGUGUCUCUUUGGACAGUGCCUGCUUUUGCACUCAGUUUUUAUCCAGUCUUUGUACAGUUUUCAGAAAGCAUGUUGUUUAGCUACAUGACCUAUGAAUCAAUUAUCACCUAACUGAACGAAUGAAUCAGUGUUGUCUAGAUUUAGAUGGAAUUCUAUGACAGACAAGGCAAAUAAACCAUUGUAAUUGGAUCUUUAGGCAUUUUGCUACUAGCCACACAGUUUGUUCUCAUGUUGUUAGUUCAAUCUGUGAUUAAAGGCCAAAGAAAGCAGCGUUUGA